UUAGAAACUUCUCCGGGGGGAAAGUGUUGAGAGAUCUACAAAGUGGAAUUUUUUUCCUCCUUUUUUUUUUUUCUUCAUUUUCUUUUUCUUUUUUUUUUUAAAAAAACCCUCUUCUUCUGCAGCCUUUGCAAAAAAAAAAAAUCCAAACUUUGGCAGAAAACUUUUCUUGACAGACCUGGAAGAGGAGGGGGAAGCAAAGAGACCCAAUCAAAACACAAAAAUGUGCUUUCAACCAACCUCUCCAGCCGCCUAGUGCUACCUGCUCUGCAGUAUUUCAAUAUUAUUUGCUGCACUCCUGCCAGGCGCCCCUGCUGCAAAAAUAACUUUGCUCCCCACUUGCCCUCCUCGCCAAGCUUUGGAAAACUGUUGGGGGGCCGGCGGGGGAGGGAGGGUUUGGGUAGCAGUCACCCCCAGCUCCUUGCUGGCUUAGGAUUUUUUUUCCCCCCACAACCUGUUGCAGCAGCUCUCAGCCUGGCAACCAGGCUUGUGCAAUCUGAGGCCAAAAAAAUCAUCCUUCCCGGGACUUUUUGGGUGCUUUGUUUUUUUGGAGUUUAGAGGGGGAUUUUUUUUCCCACCCCUCCCUUAAAAAAAAAAACCAACUUCGCAUCCUCGCUCCUGGAAGAUGCUCCUGACCCUCUGCCUGCUGCUGGGCAUGUGCCUGGGCUGCUCCCAGGGCCUGGGCUCCUUCGUGCACUGCGAGCCGUGCGACGAGAAAGCCCUGUCCAUGUGCCCGCCCAGCCCGGCGGGCUGCGAGCUGGUGAAGGAGCCGGGCUGCGGCUGCUGCAUGAGCUGCGCCCUGGCCGAGGGGCAGUCGUGCGGCGUCUACACGGAGCGCUGCGCCCAGGGGCUGCGCUGCCUGCCCCGCCAGGGCGAGGAGAAGCCGCUGCACGCGCUGCUGCACGGCCGGGGGCUCUGCCUCAACGAGAAGAGCUACCGGGAGCAAGCCAAGCUGGAGCGGGAAUCCCGCGAGCACGAGGAGCCGACCACCUCGGAGAUGGCGGAGGAGACCUUCUCGCCCAAGGUGUACCGCAAGCACGGGCGCCUCUCCGAGCUCAAGGCCGAGGCUCUGAAGAAGGAUCGCAGGAAGAAGCUGACCUCGUCCAAGUUCGUCGGCGGGGCGGAGAACACAGCGCAUCCCCGGGUCGCCGUCCCUGAGCUGAGGCAAGAGUUCGAGCUGGGCCCUUGCCGCAGGCAGAUGGAGGCCUCGCUGCAGGAAAUCAAAACCAGUGAACGAAUGAUCCCACGAGCCGUUCACCUUCCCAACUGCGACCGGAAGGGAUUCUACAAGAGGAAACAGUGCAAGCCGUCCCGGGGGCGGAAGCGCGGGCUGUGCUGGUGCGUGGACAAGUACGGACUGAAGCUGCCGGGGACCAAUUACGUGGCGGGCGACCUGCAGUGUCACAGCUUCGACAGCGGCGUCACCGAGUGAAGGGCCUGCGCCGUCCCCCCGCCCCCUGCCCCCACGCCUCCCCACGCCCCGGGACUCCGAACCCUUUCAUCUCAUUUCGAAAAACGGAAGAAAUUGAGGACCUCGGAAUCUGCAGCUCGUCCUCGCCAGCUCGGCGGCGGCGGCGGCGAACGGAGAAGAGGAAAGCAGAAGUCAAACCGGCGCCGCCUUCCCAGUACAGACCGCCCCCAAAACUGCUCUCGACUCCCCAUGCAGGGACGCAGCCAGCGCCAACGUAGGCAUCGACUUGGGGGCUUUUCUAUUGUGGGUUUGGUUUGGUUUGUUGAUAUUGGCGGGGGGGGGUGUCUUUUUUUGUUUGUUUUGGUUUUUAGACUAGCCAGCAACUUUCUAAACGGUCUCCAGCGAAACCAGACAAAGCCCCACGAUGAGGCGCAUGUCCGCCGCUCAGCCCUUGCGUUUGAGUGGUUUGUUUGGCACUGCCAGAGCGAAUGUUGACCCUCCACUGGCGCUAGAAGUCCUUUGAUUGAUAUCUCUAGAGAGAGAGAUGCACAGCUUUCUGGGCAGUCGGGGUCUAGAACAUUGUUGGAAAUGGGUUUGCGUUUCUUUAGUCAGGGGAUAACAGCUCCUGCCGGCAAAAAAUAGUGGUGGCUCCUUUAAAAAAAGCAGCCAAAAGAUAACCAGUCACCUUUGGUCUGACCCAGUCUGGCCGUUCUUAUGUCCUGUAGACAUGAAUGGGCCUUUCCCCAGGCUUAAAAUCCUGCACAAGGUCAAGUGUUUGGAAAAUCAGCGCCCAAAUUCAGGCAGAAGGGCCCCCCACCCACCCACCCAAUCCUGCAAACAAUUUAGCAUGUGUAUAACUCUACUCAUGGAUGCAGUCCCACAGGCAGCUGUGCUUAAAUGACUGUGGGAUCGGGCUCAAAAAUCUUUACCACCCUCUGCCAGGAUGGGAAAACCGAAUGCUAUUGUCCUUGCCCAUCAGAAGAAUCGUUUGCCCAAAUGCAAACCUCUCUCUUCUUCUAUUGCAAUGGUGAGAUACAAACGUCAAGUCUCUCCCCCUGCAAGGAGCUCCAGAGACGCCUAGGCCCCGGCAGAGCUUAUUGUGGGAUCAGUGCCGUAACUUGGCCAGGACUGUUUGGCCAGCGCGUCAGCUGUCGUGACUCACACCACGGAAGCCACUGAUCUGACCAACUCAAGCGGCAUCUUCAGGCGUGGCCAGAUCGCUGCAGCCUUUUGGACUUGUGUAUUUUUUAACUCUUGGGACCGUUUUUUCCCCCCCUACUUUCACCACGACAAGGGUCUUUGUUAAGGUCGCUCCCAACGAGACUCCGCAGCAAAGAGGACGGGGCGUUUGGCUGACUCCCUGCUUUGGCGAACUACCGGUGCUCAAGCUGUCGCUAUCCAUUGCUAUGUCGCCGACUGUGCGGACGCGCCCACCGAAAGAGCUAGGCCCCACCCCAUCCUGGCAGAGGCUACGACUGGCUCAGGCGGCGUGCUAAUUAGAGAUACGAAGAGCGAGAUGGUUUCUUCCCUGUGCCAGCCGGGACGGGCCUUGCUGUGGGCUGAUCCUCAGGAAAGCCAGCGUGACACCCACAACACACUAGCGCAGAUCAAAGGGAACCAAGGAAUCUCCCCGAGCUAGACUGGCUACUGCGUGACCAGAACUUGUGGGGUUUCUUCCUCGACCUUCCCAGAGGAGCAUGAGCCUGGCAUUGCGGGGGCUGGGCAGUGCCUCCCUCCCCCGCCAGGCUUUGGGCAGUGGUGGGGGGAGUGGUUGCCCUGCCGGUUUUGCUGAGCGGAGCAGAGGGUUUUGCCCCGGGGGAGACUGGCAGGGAGUCUGUGUGUGUCAGUGCCCCCUGUCCGUGCUGUGACGCCGUGCUCCCAACACCAGAGCAUGCCGUGCUCACGGAGCCUGAUUCUCAGUUCCCCAGGCACGUGCUCGGGGCAGAGGGUGCCUUGUAUUCUGGGGCGGGGCAGCCCCCAGGGUCAGGUAGGGCAGCCUCAGGGCUGCUCUGGCUUACGCUCUGGCCCCAGUGCCGUGUGCUCUGGCCACCCUUCCUCCCGCGGCCAGCUGGAGACGCAGCGCCUAGCAUUGUGCAGAGGGGCCGCAGUGUAACUGGGAACCAGGCCCAGGUGAGGGAAGCAGAGACUUAGGCUGAGAAACUGGCAGUGAUUGGAGAGCGGAAACCACCCCGAAUGCCUUUCUCCUGUCACCAGGUGGCGCCAUUUCCCAGGGCAAGGCUGGCUGCGCCGGUCCGUGGGUCUCCGUCCGGUGGGAUCUCGCCGGAUCAGAUGUGUCCCCUCUCUGCCCACCCACACCUGGUUCUCAGGACGGUCCAUGGACUCCCCUCACCCCCCCACCCCACACACACACCAGCCCUAGCUCUAGUGCAGGGAGGUGCAGAAAGCUCACGACACUUUUCCCUCGCCCUGCUCGCGUCUACCAGGCUGCCAGCCAGACGCGUGCGGGGGACACAGGGCCACCCCCAGGGUACUCAGUGGAGUUACAGGAGGCAGGGAUUUAUUCCACGCAUGGCCACGGAUAGCGCAGCCAUUGGGACCCACUCCCACCCCAUGAGGCAUCAAAGCCAGGCCACCCAGCAGCCCUGGGCAUCUCUCCAGCUUGUCCUGGAAGCUCUGGGCUACUUGAAGGGACAGAUGAGCACAUGCUGUUAUGGCCGAGUCCAGCCGGGGAGCCCGAACAGGUCAGCGUUUCAAGGCGUUUGGCGUUGGUGGGCUGGGUCAGUCCAUUGGAAAGGGAAAGAAGAGGGGAGGUUUGCCAAAGUCACACUUAUAGCCUGGUCCGGCUCUGCUCCCCGCCCCCAGGAGCAGACCCGGGGUGAUCCCAGCUUGCUCCGGAGGUCACUGUGUGCAUUAUAGGCGAGCCACAGCCUUGGAGAAUGGGGGAGCUGGCAGAGAAGAGCACAGGGGCCAUGUGCACCCCGAAGAGGGACGGACUGGACCAGCAAAGCUCUCGCAUGGGGAGGCAGCGCCCCCAUCACCCUGGCUUGGCCAGUCCCUCUGCCACGCGCCCUCCCCAAGUGACCCCCAAGUCCUGACUCUUUUAGGCCAGUACCCACCUUCCUCCCUUCUCGCCCUUGCUUGUUCGUUUGUCUUGCUGCGGGUUCAGUCCCCGAAACUUGAAAGCUACGAAAGCCUGUUCGGGCAGGGCCGGGCUGGGGUCUCGCCGUGUCUGCACUCGGCUAGGGAUGGCGGCUACUGGCUGUGGGGGCGGGGGUGUCACCUCCCAACUGUUCCUUAUAGCUCGCACCCUGAGACCCUUUAUUGAUGGGGCAAAGGUGAGUCUAAAUGUGGCUCUCGGCUACCCCAGGGUCGAGCCCCAGGCCAUUGCAGUCAGUAGCACGGAUCCCUUUGCUUUUACUGGGGGGAGAACUUGGUCCUCACUUCUGGGCUCUCGGCGGCGUUUACAGUGGGGGGGUGAGAAAAGGACUGUCUCUGUGGCUCCGGUGGGGUCCCCCCACUGUACACACCCUGGGGGAAGGAGGGGGAAGGAGCGAAAUGCUGGGCCUGGGUCAGCAGCCUAGGAAAAGCCCUGGCUCGCCAAGCUAAAGGCCGGGUGGCCGCAAGACGACUCUCAGCUGAGCGUUGCCCCCUGUCCCAUUGGCUGCUGCCCCAACCCUGAAUGGCAGCCCCCCCCUCCUUUGUACUGGGCGGCCACGGCAGUUCUGGUGGGAGGAACAACCCCGGGCCACCGUUUGCGUGUUCCCCCAGCCUGAGUGGCUCUGGGGGUUGGCGCUAACUGGGGGUGCUACAGCUGGCCGAAAGCUAGUACUCUUCUGCCUCAGUUUCCCCCCCCGCCUGCUGAAGUGAUCCCGUGUGUCUGUGAGUUCAGCCCUGGCGGGAGGCACAGCCAGCCAUUGCCCCAUGUUACGGCUGCCAGUGGCAUCCCAGCGCCCUCCCCCCGCCCCCAAGGCAUUAAAGCUGCCCAUCAGCCUGCAUUCUGCGACCUGCCGUCACUCAGUGAGGGCCUGGAAAGGGGAUUGAGGCUGGAGCAGAUUGAGGCUUUCCCAAGGCCGCCUGGGACCCCAGCAAGCACACAGUGACUGGGGUGGGGCGGUGCAAUCCCCCCCCACUAGGGAUCAGCGCAGGGAUCCCUUCCCCCACAACGAGAGCCUGAGUGGGCCAGCCCAGGGACCGGGAACCCAGUGGAGACACAGCCCCUCAGGUGCUUCGCCCCCACGGAGCUGUGGGUCUCUGCCAUCAUUGCUCACAGCCGCAUGGUCCCUUUUGGAGGAGCCCGGGGCUGAGCCCGGAGAGAGGAGGACGCCCAGCUGCACAGAAGGGCUGUCAAUACUCCCCAGGGCCGGGACUGUUUCAAAACUGCACUAAGAUUUGCUAAGCGGGAUCGCGCCAUGUCCCGGGAAAUGGUGACCCUGCCCCAGGAAAGGAGUUUGCUUUGGGGGAGCGGUUUGGGGUGUUUUUUAAUGGUGGAUCGCGCAGACGGGAAGACUCCCGCCAGUAACGGCUUAAUCCCCAGGGGGCUCUGAGGCACAUUUCACCUUUCAAGUUUCUUCUAGCCUAAGUCUGUGCCAAUGAAACAAGUGGGGGGGUGGGGAGGAAGGGGAUCUAAUAGGGUUCAGAUUGAAAGCAAGGCAAGGGCAUGGUGGUGAGCGGGGUUAUUCCACCUCUGGGCUGCAGCAGGCAGGCAGUCUUACUUUAAAACCACUAGUACAAGAGCAUUUUGCACUAUUUUCCACUCUCUCUUUCGGUUGUUUUUUCCCUAAUGGAGUGUGUCUAUUUAAACAAGCAACAAUUCCCCCUGACUCCAGCCCUCCCCGUACCAGCACCUUGGCUCGUCGUCCAGUGCACUGCACUGCCUCUGGCCCCCCUCGCCACGCCGGCCUUGAUACGGCCCGUCCACAAUGCAGUUAUCUACCAUUAUAGUACAGUUGUUAACACACCAGAUUCCGAGAUUCCUGCCUGGUUUUUAAUCUUUAAGCAAUACUCACUACACAUUUUACGGUAGCUUUUUAUAGCUUUACAUACAUACAGUAGCUCUGUUUUGUUUUUGUUUUUGUUAUUGUUUUUCCAGUAAAAAAGACAUAUAGAUAAUCGUACUGGUGGGGAAAAAAAAAAAAGCAGUUUGUGAAAAACUGACAACGGAUGAGGAGCUUAAUGCUCUGUUUUGUACUUUUAAAAAACAAAUCUCACGUUUUAUUAAAAAGUGAAGAUUGCUGUAUACUAUUUAUUCAACGUAUAAUUUAUGUUACUCUUUGAUCUUUGUCUUUUCUCAUGGCAAAGCAUUUAUUUAAUAAAGUUAUGCAUUCAGUUA